AUGUUAUGUGUAUAAAACACGCAUCAGUGGAACAAACGACACAUUUGUUCAGACAAUUUAAGUCCUGAAAUCUUAAAAAAUCUGAAACUGGUUCACAUUUACAAAUUUAAGAUAAUAAGAUAUUUGUUUAAUGCAUUUUUGUUUGCCCUUUUAUUAGCUACCAACAAUCCACAAAAGCGAACGCAUUUAGCGUAAUUUCCAAUUCGUUCAUAGGGCAACGCUGUGUCCCAUUGCGAGCAAAUAUUUACUAAAAACGCAGAAGUGAAAAGUAACAAAGCCUUGUGAAAAUUUAGUUUAUUUAUUAAGCAAUAGAAUUACAAGGAUGUCGUGGUUUAAUGUGUGGACGGGCAUCAAAACUAAAACAUGCAGAUAUCUUUUACAACGCUAUUUGGGCCAGUUUUUGGAAGAAAGACUUAACCUGGAGCAGUUGAAGGUGGACCUCUAUAAUGGCAAAGCCACAGUGAAAAAUGUUUCUUUAAAUAUAGAUGCAUUAAAUAAGCUAUUUGAAAGCCAUGGAUGGUCUGUGGAAGUUAUAAGCGGCCAUAUUGGACUUCUAACUGUGACUGUGCCUUGGAACGCUUUAAUGUCAAACAGCAGCUACAUUGAGAUUUCAGACGCUGUUAUUUCAGUAAGGCCAGUACAACGACAAAAUAAUGGAACGUCUAUGUUGGAAUCAAUGUGGUCGUCAGCUAGCAGUUCUAUGCAGUUGGCGGAAGAAUGCAUGAUGCAGAACGACGAUGAAAAUGAAGAAAAUUCAGAAGCAAACAACAAGUCAAUUCCUGGCCUUGAAAAGUUCGCUGAAACCAUAGACAAUAUAUUGAAUCGCAUUAAAGCUUCGUUUACAAAUACUGUUUUGCGUUUGGAAUAUCAAUCGUCAGAUAGUUCCAAAACGAUAUCACUAUGCUUCGAAAUUAACAAGUUGAUGUACGAAAAUGAGACUGGCUGCGAAAGGCAUCCUAAGGAAUCUUAUAUGGAAGGACGUCGAAACGAUAAUCCAAACUGCCGAUUGCCAACGUCCAGUAACGUAGAUGAGCAACAGGGAAAUAUAUACUUGCUGCCAAUGUUCGCUAAACACAACAUAAGCAUAAGUGGCUUGCGUUUGUGUACAGAAGAGCAGAAGACAAGUGCCGGAGCCUCGCGCUACAUCAGUGUAGAUAUAUCGAAAACUGGUGAUAUUCCCAUACUCGAAAUUAAUGAACACUUAAAUAUACGAAUCAAAAUGAAACAGUCGGAGAAUAUUAACGGACCAAAAGUUGUUAUUAACACCGAAAUGGGUUCAGUUUACACUUUGAUCACCCCCAGGCAAAUACACCUUAUUCUUAAACUAAUGGACGCAUUCCAGGACGACAGUUGUGACAUUCAAGCAGAAGAAAAUCUUGAAGUAAUUGCCUUUAACGACUACAAAAUGUAUCAUAAAAGAGACGAGCUGGUGGAACUUGGAAAUUGGAUUGAUUGUGAAGCUACGCCAACUAAUAGAGACACAUUACAUCAUUUACGGUUUGAUCGAAUAAAAGUUUUACCUAAAGGAUAUUCUCCUCCUAGUAGUUCAGUUAGCUCCAGUAGCACUGUAACUGGCUUGUCGAAGCUUCAACGAAAAACAUCAAGUUUAGAAUAUUCAGGAGAAAUUUUAAAUUUUUCCCUUAAAAUAUGCUCAUUUGUUUCUAUAAUACUAAUAGAAGACAUUUUGGUUGAGAGUUCCACCAACAACCAAAGUCCCUUAAAUAAAACCAGCGAGCAAAAUAUGACGCGCUUUGCCAACACAUUUUUUGAAAACUUAAGACGAGUUGUAGAUAAAAACAUGGACUCAAGUAAGUUAACAGAUGGAAAAAAUCACUUAUUUAUACGAGUAUUCCCAAUAAUUUCCGAGGGAAGCCAACAUAGGAUCAAACAUAUGCUGCUAUCUAAAUUUAAUAUAAUUGCGCAAAAGUUGGAUUUAUUUGAAGUCUUAAAUGGAAAGUCCUCUGAGUUAAUAACUUUCGAUCGAGCUGAUGGAUUCAAUGGUGCUGAUGUUUCUAUAAGCAUAAAAUCAGAUAUCAGUUCCAAGAUAAUCGAUAUAGCGCUGCAAAAAUGUGAGUUAGAAGUUGAUAUUUCUAUAUAUGAUCGACUCAGUGCAAUUUUGGGACCUUCGCCAUUUGCUACGUUUUCUUCAUACAAUACGCGCUGCUACUACUCGAAGCAGGAGACGCAAAAAUUAACACUCACUACAAAUUUAACGUCGACAUCGUUGGAAGUGAAGGUACGAUUUCCAAUAUUUGAUGCUAGGCCGAUUCACGAUCCAAAUCGCGUACCAUGGUGGCAACAAAACGUUCGUCGUGACUUUUUAUUAAUUUCAUUUAAUUAUGUGAGUAUAAAAAUUGUAUCUGGGGUGUGCGAACUACUUUCAAACGAGCUUAACGUCUAUUACGUUGAAGACAACUUAGAAGAUAAAGUCUGGGUUUUAAAAACUAGCUCCAGCUCAGACCAAGCAAAUGCGUUGGAUUACGUUAAAAUUACUGUCACAAUCCCUGACGAACAUUAUUGGACUAAGUUGAAAAAGAGUUGUUUGGAUAAACGAAUGUACGGCAACAGUUCAAGAGCACAUUCAGAUAGACUACCAUUUAGUGCAAAACGCGUAUGCAGAGAAAGCGAUACGUUGCACAAUAAACGAGACAAUACGGAGUCAGAAACUAUUUUGCUUCCCGGCGAAACUGAAGAAUUGAAAGAAUUCUGCAGCGCCACAAUGCGAACGUCAAAAAUUCAAGUUCAAAUAAAUGUUCCCAAUGUUGAAAUUGUACUAGGAUCAAAAAAAUUUUAUGAAGUCAUAUACAAUCGCUUCAAUUGCGAUCUCUUCAUGUGGGAGCCAAGUUCACCCAUUUUAAAUGCUCUCCACGUAGAUAGUACAGAAAAUAAACAGAGCAUAUACAAUAUUUCAGUUACACCAGCGGCCAGAUUAAGAAACAUUAAUGAUUCCUAUUUGUCUGAUUUUGAGGAAAGCGACUCAAACGGAAGUCACAAAAUUAACCUUAAAAAUAUCUCAAUGGCGGAGAGCAUAUAUUUCUCAAUACAUGAUCCUAUUAAAUCACAAGAGUUGGAACAUGAAGAACCUGAUUUUCAAAAAAGCAAAUGUUCUGUAGAAAUUUUUAUACAAAAAGGAUCCGUUGGACUAUUUCUACCUAUACGUAAUAAAGAAAAUCUUAUUAUACCUGAGGAUGUGGGUAAAAUUGACAUUAAGGUGAAUGAGCUUAAAAUAUUUUCUGUUAGUGGAUAUAACGAAAAUAGAAAUUUGUGCUAUUUAUGCCUCGAAGUAGGCGAUGUUAAAAUGGAUCAUUGCGGUCUAAUACAUGAAAUGUAUACUAAGCUUUUUGCAUGUGGCUCUACCGAAUCUGAUCGAUAUAUGCGAAAGACCAUUUAUAAAACUCCCGAGGGCUUGUCAAAGUCAAAUCAACCAAUAAUGAACGAAAGACAGAUGAUGUCCUUGGUGAUAGAAACAAAACGUGUGACUGAUCAGAGGAUAAAACGAUUGAGGGUUACUACCAGCAUUCAACAGGCAACCCUACGAUAUAAUUCAAUGUUAUCCAACCAAUUUUGGUUGCACCAACUUAUUGACUUUCUUGAUGUUGUCGAUUAUCCUAUAGAAGGUUACGCGCCAUACGGUAUAAUCACGGAAAUGCAAUUGCAUCUGUGGAACUGUGCAAUCGACUACAGACCAUCAAAUUUUGACUACAGAGCUCUUUUGGAAUUAGGUGCUUUUACGAUUAGCAGCAAUGUUAUAUCUUCGGUGAAUGGAUGCAAUCUGAGGUUUAUAAUUGAAGAAUUUAUUCUCUCCAUAGCACCUUGCAAGGAAUCAACCAAACAUGAAAAAAUACUAAUUGAAUCGAGGUAUUUAGUACCAGUACUUGAUAUAGGACUGUUCGACAUAUCGUUAAGGUUAAAUGAAAACUCGUCAGGAAAGCAUCCUAAAUUUGAUCUGAGAUGUUCGGUGAACGAUGCACAUUUAAGAACUUGCAGCGAUUCUGGAAAAGCCCUGGCACAACUCAUUGAACACUUGGCUAUGGAUGGAGACUCUCUUGAAACUGAUCAAAAUGAGACAGGUGGAACUUCCCAGAAAUCCGAAAAUUAUGAAAUUGAAUCCAGUUUUCUAGAUGAACCAAAUCAAUCUCAACAAGAGUGGCAACAAGAAAGGGUAAAUUUAAUGAUGGCAGAGGCGCUCCAAGAAACUGUCACAAUAAGCGUUUCGCCCUCAACAUCGAAGAACUCUGGUUUUACUGAUCACGGCAUUGAACCAUACUAUUUUCCAGAUGAAGAACAGACUAACCCAUCAGACCUCGAAUACGAUGAAGCCGAACCUAGUACAGAUGUGCUGCCGCAGGUGAAAUCUGAUUUGGGCGAUGUAAACCUGGAACCAAGACACAACGUGUAUCCGCGCAGGCCCCAAGAGGACGAAUAUUGUGUUAUUUCUGAAAAUGAGAGACAGCUGGUGUCGCAAUGUGGAGUUCGCGACGUAAAAGUUUGCGAAGAUCCGCUGCGAAUUGUAGACAAUCAUUUUUGUUUGCCUUCUAACAAGAUCGAUUUGCUCAAAUCUCCAUAUGAUUUUCCUAUCCCUGUUUCCCGUUAUACGCUUUGCGAAAUGACUUUCACUUGGCAUUUGUACGGCGGCAACGAUUUCAUAUCAAUCCCAGAGAAUAUGAGCGCAACAAGUGAAGCCAGUCACUUGCGUAUGUCUGAUGCUUAUAAACACGGCGUCUCAUAUUCAAAAGCAGAUAGCGUUCAUGGUGCAAAUAAACCGAAAGAUCUAUCAUGGAAAACAAUUGGCGGGGUACAGCGAAAUCAUGGGGUCAUCGUCGAAAUUCAGCUUACAAAAGUUCGCUUAUCAUAUGAAAUAUAUCCAAACUACACAGCCCAAGCUUCGCGUCAAGUUUUAGUUAUAAACGAUAUUGAAAUAAGGGAUCGCUUGCAGUCGUCCGAAAUAAAUAAAUUUCUAUAUCAUCCCAGCACAAGGACUACAUCGCAUAAAAGUCCGCAACAAAUGGUGGUUAUAAAAGCUCUACAUGUUCGACCAAAUCCAAAGCUCAGUGCAGCAGAAGAGUGUUCACUUCGGAUAUCGUUGCUGCCGAUGCGGCUCCAUAUCGAUCAGGACACAUUAAUUUUUUUGGCAGACUAUUUCACUAAUAUGGGAAAUAACAUGAAAGAGGCACAUGCUACGGACAAUCCGCCUCCAGAAGCGCAUGCCCCUGUUAUGGAUGUUGGGCCAUCUGAAUUAGAGAACGAACUACAAGCAAGAAAACUAAUAUCGACGAAUCUGGAAUUACUCGAAAAUGAGGUAAUGAAUAAAUCGCUGGCACAAAUGGAAGCAAAAGAAAAACAUUCGCCAAUUUACUUUCGCGAGGUAUUAUUUAGUCCAGACGUGCCAAUACGUUUCGAUUACCACGGACAUCGCGUUGAGUUGUCACGCGGCCCAAUUGCAGGGCUGUUGAUGGGUUUGGGCCAGUUACAAUGCUCCGAGAUCCGGUUAAAAAAAAUUAUUCACCGUCGUGGAUUCCUAGGCAUUGAAAAGUUAGUAACAUAUCUAUGCAAGGAGUGGUUGAAGGAUAUUAAAAGGAAUCAAUUACCAAAAAUUUUGAAGGGUGUUGGGCCAACUUAUUCAUUUGUGCAAUUUAUACAAGGUGUAAUUGAUCUAUUUCGCCUACCGAUUGAGCAAUAUCAAAGGGAUGGUCGCAUAAUCCGAGGACUUCAGCUCGGCGCACAAAGUUUUACAGCCAGAACUGCUCUCGCUGCGCUCGAAAUAACAUCACGUAUCAUUCAACUUUUACAGUUCACAGCUGAGACAGCCUUUGAUAUGGUGUCUUCUGGGCCUUCCGUUGGAAGAGUGCGCAAGCAUCGUAAGGAUAAAAAGAAACGAGCGCAACGACCAAAAGACGUACGAGAAGGAGUGACAAAUGCGUACCUGAUAGUGAAGGAGGGGAUAAAUGAUUCCGCUGCCAAUCUCAUAGAAACAGCUGUAGCAGAGCACGAUCAAAAGGGUUAUACGGGAGCUGUAGGAGCUGUAAUGAGACAAAUACCGCAGCUGGUAGUUUGCCCAGCAGUUUUGGCCACUCAGGCUACAACCAACAUCUUGGGAGGAGUUAAAAGCUCUCUUGUACCUGAAGCUAAAGUUGAAGCUCGUGAAAAGUGGAAAACGGACAAUGAUUAAAUUUUCUCUUUCAUAUGUAUUUAUACAUAACUAUGUAAUUGAUUAGAUAAGUAUGGUGCAUUCUAAUAAAUAGAUUUUAUACGUUUGAAUGAAAAUACAACGAUUAAAGUGUCCAAUGAUUAUUUAGAUUUGCAUUAGUUUUUUUUUUUUGAACUAAAAAUGCUCAAAAGCAUUAAAAAAUAGCAAGGAGCAUAUAUAAAAAGUCCUUAGAAAGCCAGGUUAUCUUUGUUAAUUAAAUAUACAUUUCGUCGAAAUACCUUUUUUUUGUAUUAUGGCAAAUGUCGCAGACUCAGUAUGAGCGUGUGUGAAUCGGUAACAAAGUUCGCGGCAAGUAA